CUCUUAACGACUGGGGAAAUGCAACCCCUACAUCCGAAGAGGGGUCAAAACAAAUGUCAUCUGGACAAGAGGUCAAUGUGGAAUCAAGUUUGUCCGCGUGGCUGAAGCCGGUAACUCAAGAUAACAACAAUCACUUUGGUUAUGUUCCUGGCCAAACUCGUCAUUUUGGAAGAACUCCUGUGGACAGGCCUAUCAUUGGGCUUGUUGCUACUCACUGGAAUGAAGAUGAACAUACUCGUGUCUCACCCAAGUGGUGGGAUGGAAACGGAAUCCCAAAUUCAACAAACAAAAUACAAGGAGGAUCAGAAGGUGAGUUGGCAUGCCACCCCAUUUGAAGAAAGGUUGGAAAAGGCACUGUCCGAAGAGAGUUUCAUCUCGCAGAGAAAAAACAUGGAGGGAAAGCCGAUUGUUUUCGACGAGAACGAUGAAAGUGACACAGCCCUUUCUCAGUUGCAAACGUCAUCCCAUCCGAAGUCCGUGGUUUCAUUCUGAUGAGCAUGAGUUUUUGUUGCUUGCUUUACAAGGAAUUUGUUGGUGGUGAAAAAAAAUGAGCUCUUAAAAAAGAAACCCUAAAUCUGAAGUUUGUUGUUGGGGAUAUAUGGUGAAAUUGGUAAUUUGGCCUUUUGCAUCUAAAGCCAAUGAACGAUCAAAGCGGAUAAAGCAAAAGUUUAUUAGUGUGUCAAUAUAGUCAUGCUUAUGUCAGCAUUCGGGGCUGCUUAGAAUGUGUACAGAAUUAUUGGAAAUUUUAUCACACAGAACUAAUUGCUUGUUGACAAA